AUGAAAUUCGCGAUUCUUUCCAUUCUUGCGCUUGCGACAGCCGCUCUCGCUGCGACCGUCCCUCAGAAAGCCGUCAUCGUAUCGUACCCCGAUGAGACACCAGAUUCUGUCGUCAACCAAGCGAUGGAUGCCAUUAGAGAGGCCGGCGGAAUGAUCACACAUGAAUAUAGACUUAUCAAAGGAUUUGCUGCGAAAGCACCAGCCAAGAUCUUAGAACAAGUCCAAACCUGGGGAAACGAUUAUCAUGCCGUUAUCGAAGAAGAUCAGAUGGUUUCAAUCAAUGGAGGUGUCGCAGCAUAA